AUGAAAGUCAUUACGAUUGGAGGGAAAGUUUAUGGUAAGUCUGGAGGUAAUUCUCCUCUCAUCAAGCCAAAGGAGUUCAAGUGCAAGAGUUUAAAGAAAGUUAUUAUUCACGCUCCCCUUUCCAUGUAUGGCCUAACUAUUGAUGGCUUUGUUUCUCAUAAGAGUCCCUCAGCUGAGGGAUCCUAUGAUGAAGUUCUAUUUAAAAUUUCUCCUCUCAAUAUGGUGCUUCUAAAUAUUGGCCAAGGUAAGUCCUCUAAUCCUAUGAUCCUUAGUGACAUUAUAAUUGCUAGCAUUGUGAAUCAUGAUGUAGUUGAGCAGAGAGAGGUCAUAAAUGAUGUUUUGAUGAGGUGGAUGACCUGA